ACGUAUACCAUUAUUCGGAUUGCAGCACCAUGCCAAAGAAGUUUGUUGGUGAAAACAGCAAGGCCGUGGCAGCUCGGCAACGCAAAGAGGAUGCCAAGACUGAAAAAGAUGCGAAACUCAAAAAGGUGAUCGAAGACGCGGCGUGGGAAGACAACGACGACAAGCUUAAAAAGAAACAACAGAAAAAGGAGGAACAAGAAAAGAAGCGUCUAGAGCAGCUACAGAAGAAACAAGAAGCCAAAGCUCUUCUAGAAAAGGAGAUGGAAUCCAUAAAGAGCACCCCAAAGGUGGCUCCCGCACCCAAGAUCACACGUGCUCAGAUUGCCAAGAUCCAGGAGAAGAGUGUCAAACCUGAGACUCCCAAGCCUGUGCCUGCCCGAGUGGUUGUAGAGGAGCCUCCACUAGAGGAGAAUCUCAACAGGAUACAGUUGGAUGGAGAGGUGGCUCAGUCCGUGGAUGAGGCUAUAUCUCUACUCAGUGAUAAGGCAGAAAUCGACAGGCAUCCCGAGAAGCGUCUAAAGGCUGCAUACACCGCCUUCGAAGAAGUCACCAUGCCGCGCCUUAAAGCGGAGAACCCCACACUCCGCCUCUCCCAACUCAAGCAGCUGCUCCGAAAAGAGUGGCUCAAGUCUCCACAGAACCCGCUCAAUCAGAAGAUCAGUGCUUAGGUUAUGUGUUAUUGAGCUAGUCAUGUUGAGUGACAUUUAAAAGCACUCUUAAACUAUUAUAAAAUGAAUUAUCUAAUAAUCUCCAUUAUCUUGUACAAUAAAAAAAUAUAUUUGGACUAUGAAAAAUCUUUUGCAGGCAAAAGUUAGCCAUUAGACAAAUCUUCACCUAGGUGAGAGUACAAGUUCAUAAAACUAAAAUUACCUUAGAGAUUCUACCUAAAGCCCUAUGGAAAUCUAUUAGAAACUAUUAAUGCAACUUCAUUCUACCACAUAGUUGUGUUGUAAACAGGCCCUGUUUGCCUAACGUGUAUAUUGAGCUUAUAGAAACGCAUAAACCAAUCUCUUUCAGAUUAUUUAUUAAAGUCUAUAGACUAAAACCCUUUGUACUGUAAAUAAAAAAUAUAUCGAUUACAAAUUA